CGAUUGGAAAUAUUGGCGUUUUUAAAACGCGCAUUGGGAAACGCACGUUCUCCUUUUCCACCGAAACUCUCCGCCGUCUCCGCCGAAACAAGAGAGAUAGAGCGAGAAUGGAGGAAGCUUUCAUGGCGAUGCUGUCGAGCCUGUUACAUCUUCAAAGCUCUUUAGACCCAACAAGCACCGUCUUCUCCUUCGCCUCCGCCGCAUCUCCGCCGUCAUCCUCCGCCACUCCCUCCUCCCUCCUCUCCACCCCCUCCGCCGCGCCAUUGCUCUUCUUCACCCUCGCUUCUCUCCUUUCCUUCCUCGCCUCCAGAUCUGCUUCCUCCUCCGGAGACGGCGAGACCUCCUCCGCCUCCGCCUCCCCUUCUCCUCCGCCGCCAAUCCCCGGGGGAGAUUACUCCGUCGCCGCCUUCCGCACCCUGUCAACUGACCACAUCUGGUCCCUCGACGCGCCUCUCCGCGACGCGCGAUGGCGGUCGCUUUACGGACUCUCGUACCCUGUCUUCACCACCGUCGUCGACAAGCUCAAGCCCUUUAUCGCCGCCUCCAAUCUCUCCCUUCCUGCCGAUUACGCUGUUGCCAUGGUCCUCUCCCGCCUCACCCAUGGCUGCUCCGCGAAAACCCUAGCUUCCAGGUACUCACUCGAUCCGUAUCUGAUCUCCAAAAUCACCAACAUGGUCACGCGCCUUCUCGCCACCAAGCUCUACCCAGAAUUCAUCAAGAUCCCUGUCGGAAAACGCCGAUUGAUCGAGACCACACAGGGCUUCGAGGAGCUCACAUCUCUUCCCAACAUCUGCGGCGCCAUUGACGGCACUCCCGUGAAGCUCAAACGCAGUGUGAAGCUAAACCCUAGAAGCAUCUAUGGCUGCAGGUACGGAUACGACGCCGUUUUACUUCAGGUCGUCGCCGACCACAAGAAGAUAUUCUGGGACGUCUGCGUGAAAGCUCCCGGAGGAGAAGACGACGCGACCCAUUUCAGAGACAGUCUUCUCUACAAGAGGCUGACGUCUGGUGACAUUAUCUGGGACAAGGUGAUCAACAUCAGAGGUCACCAUGUGAGACCAUACAUCGUCGGAGACUGGUGUUACCCUCUUUUGUCCUUCUUGAUGACACCCUUUUCCCCGGACGGCUCGGGUUCACCACCGGAGAAUCUGUUCGACGGAAUGCUGAUGAAAGGGAGAUCUGUGGUCGUGGAAGCUAUCGGAUUGCUGAAAGCCCGGUGGAAGAUCCUUCAGAGCUUGAAUGUGGGAAUAAACCAUGCUCCACAGACCAUCGUGGCUUGUUGCGUUUUGCACAACCUGUGUCAGAUUGCGAGGGAACCCGAGCCGGAGACGUGGAAGGAUCCGGAUGAAACUGGAACGCCGGCCAGGGUUCUGGAGAGCGAGAGGCAGUUCUACUACUAUGGGCAGAGCCUGAGGCAGGCACUGGCUGAUGAUCUGCACCAGAGGCUUUCCUCCAGGUAGGAACAACAAUGGCCAAUUCUUGGCUGGAACUCUCCGUUGAUCUGUUGUUCAAGACUUUAACUUUCUAAUGUGAACUUGUUUCUUGAGAGUCAAGCAACAGCUCUGUCGUAGCUUUCAUUAGAGGGUGUAAAUUUGAUCCUUUUGUGGAUUUUAACUCGAGGGUUCCUUUCCUUCACCAGUGACUGGCCUCUGUGGAUUUUUUUUUUUAAAAGAAAAGACACGAUUGUUUUGUUCUCGACCAA